AUGAAGACUGCUUCUACAAACAUUUGUGAAAGACUGUGCAAUACAUCCAUCAGUGAAAUUUCCUUGGUACUAAAUAUUCCACUGUCAAAUGUUACUGGCAUUAUAGCAAAGUGAAAGCAACGGGGAACAACAGAAACUCAGCCACGAAGUAGGUAGGCCACGUAAAAUGACAGAGCUGGGUCAGUGCAGGUUGAAGCGCACAGUGCACAGAAGUUGCCAACUGUCUGCAGAGUCAAUAGCUAAAGACCUUCAAACUUCAUGUGGCCUUCAGGUUAGCACAACAACAGUGCAUAAA